AUGGGUUCACUGGAGAUGGAUUUGAAUACAUACGGAGUCCGGUGUGGUGGUGUGGAACAACUAUGCACCAUGAUUGCAGUUGUUAGCAGAGAAUUAAUGAAUACUGCGGCCUAUGCAUUCGCUCCCGCUGUGCUGGUCACACCGCUUGGGGCGCUGAGCGUCCUCAUCGGUGCCUUGAUGGGCUCAUAUUUCCUCAGGGAAGAGAUCAACGUUCUCGGAAAACUCGGAUGUGCCGCCUGCCUUCUAGGCUCGGUGUUGUUGGUGCUCCAUGCGCCGGGCGACAAGGACAUCGAGACUAUCGAUGAAAUCCUGCACCUGGCAAUCCAACCAUUAUUUCUUCUCUACUGCCUUUGUGUUGCAAUAAUUGCCAUUUACAUCAUCUGGAAAGUCGCACCGGUACAGGGGCGAACAAACCCGUUGGUCUAUAUCUCGAUUUGCUCUUCGGUCGGAUCUAUAUCCGUCAUGUCAGUCAAGGCGUUUGGGAUUGCAGUCAAACUCACCGCAGGCGGUGAUAACCAAUUCACCCACGCCUCGACUUAUGUCUUCGCGUUGGUUCUGGUAGUCACCACCCUGACCCAGAUGAACUAUUUGAAUAAGGCGAUGGGCCAAUUUCCUGCAUCGCUUGUCGCUGUUGUAGGAUUUAUCAUAUCCUGCGUGACACUAAAUAAGGGCGCAAGAUAUGUGGCUUGUUUCCUCUUUGCCAGUGGUGUAUCUGCUGUCAAUUCGGUCAUUUUGGGCUGGGUCUCUGCCACACUAGGCCAGACGCCAGAGAAGAAAGCCGCUUCUAUUAGCUUUAUUAACGUUGUGGCUAACGCAUCUUAUAUCUAUACGGCUUACCUCUACCCAAAAACUGAUGGCCCUCGUUACUUGACUGGAAUGUCGGCGAACACGGCAUUUGGCAUUGCAACUAUUGGGAGUGGUUGGGCUUUGAGGUGGUGGCUGCAGAAUACAAACAAGAAGAUCAGCAGGGGUGCUCUGCCUAGUGCUGGUGAUGUUCUUUAUGCCUAUUGA